UUAAAGCUUAUAAAUUCAAGCUUCAGUUUAUAAACCGAAGUCUAAAAUUACAACUCCUGUUUAAAUUCAACUAUGUUAGUUCACCUUCAUCUUUUUUUUUUUUUUUAAUAGUUUGUUGGGCUUUCUUUUCAAUAGCCAUCAAUGUCUGAAGAAGUUACUUAUGCAGAUCUAAAAUUUCAGGACUCCAGUAAAAGGGAAAAUAUGCAUGAGCUUGACACAGUUGGGAUAAAAGCACCACCUGCUCCUUCCCAUGGAUGGCGCCAGAGAAUCUUGGCUCUGACUCUACUCUGCCUUCUGCUGCUGAUUGGACUAGGAGUCUUAGGAAGCUUAUUUUACACAACUUUGAAGAUAGAAAUGGAAAACUUGAAUAAACUACAAAAUUUCAAAGAAGAACUUCAGAGAAACAUUUCUCUACAACUGAUACAUAACAUGAAUAAUUCCAAGAGGAUCAUGGACCUGUCGAACACACUGCAAGAAAUAGCCACCAAAUUAUGUCAUGAGCUCUAUAAAAGAGAACCAGAGCACAAAUGUAAACCUUGUCCAAAGACAUGGAUGUGGCAUGAGGACAGCUGUUACAUACUAACUGACAGUUAUGAAACAUGGCAAAAGAGUGUCAUGUUCUGUUCUGCUCAAAAUGCCAGCCUGCUGACAAUUAAGAACAAAAGCAUAUUGGAAUUUAUAAAAUCCAAGAGGUUACGUAGAUACUGGCUGGGAUUACUUGCCAAAAAAAAAAAAUUUUACCAGAACCUGGAUGAGACAAUUAUCUCCUCCAAUUGGCUGACAAGAAACAGAAAUGAUGUAAAUGAUAUGAUGUAUUGUGGGUAUAUAGACACAGUAUAUAUUUCCUAUACAGACUGUACUUCACCAAUGAAUUUUAUAUGCGAGAAGCUGGCUGAUCCAGUGAAGAUUGAGAGCACACUAAUGAGUGAAAUACCAGAUGGAAAAUAUAGUUAGUGCAAGUAUUUCUCUAUUAUCCUGUGAUUAAGGCAACUUUAGGGAACAUACAUCUUGUGGACCACACAAAGGGAAUAAAGAUGCUGUGAGACUAAA